AUGUGGUUUAAUACAUCCCGUUUGCUACUGACGGUACUUUUACUCCUACCAUUGUUGGUCCAUGCCAGUAAGUUUGACAUUUACAAUGAUUUUGAUGACCAAGAAGAAGUAAGUGUUGGUGAAUAUGAACGAUUAUCAGGAGAUUCACUCCUUUGGGGUCCAUAUAGAUCAUCUUUAUAUUUUGGUGUUAGGCCUAGAAUCCCUCGCUCACUUCUCUCUGGUCUUAUGUGGUUCAAUGUUGACUCGUACCAAGGUGUUGGACAAGUUCGUCAUUUUUACGAACAAUUCGACAAUAUGAAAAAGGCUAAUUGGGUCAAUUAUAAUCCAAGAUAUGGUGGUAGACAAAUCAUUGAAGACAAUGAUUGUCAUGUUAGAAUCAUUAUUGACUUUGUUAAAAGUAACGACGGUAAAUCAUGGGGUGUUAAGAUUAAAUCGAAGCCACAUAAAGGAUAUGAAAACACCAAGAUAUCCUUUGUUUGGUACUCUGGAUUAGAGACUGAUAAACCAAUGGAGCCAGUUCCUGGAAUUGAUGCUGACGAUAGUGAAAAUGGAUAUUUCACCAUGGAAACUCCAAAGGAUAUUCAUGGAUAUUCCGGGAUUAUGAAAUUUGCUGGUUUAUCUGAAAGUUUAGGACUCUUUGAAAUGGAAGUUAAUGAUGGUCCAAAGUCUAAUAAGCAUCCAGAGAGACUUUUCUUGGAUCCAGAACUUGACCCAGCCAAAUCUCAUCAUAUCUCAUUGAGAAUCCCAAAUGAUAACAUUUGGAGAGCCAAGGACAUAUUUAUGACAGUCAUACAAGAUUGUAUAAAGGAUCUUUCUGAAAGGUAUUCUGAUGUGAAUGAUAUUCCACCUCAACAAGCAUUCAUCUUGAGAGAUUUACUGAAAUUCCUGGGUAAUUUACAUAUUGUUCAGAAGAUAUACGAAGGAAGUUGUGAAUUUGAUGUGAUUUAUAAUAAUGCUGUAACCCCACAGCAUGAUAAGAUUACAUUUGAAAACAUUGCAACCAAAAUUACAACUGUUUUGGAAUCUAACAAUCAAAAGUUCAAGACUCAUUUCCCAUUGGUACAACCAUUCCACCAAAUUAAAUACCAGAAAUUCGCAAAAGAAAUGCUUUCUGGAUUACUUGGAGGUUUAAGUUACUCUUAUGGUGAUCAAUUAGUUGAUAGAGAUACUAUAUUUGAUGAAGAAUCAUUUGAAGAAUACGAAUUAAAUGGUUCAGUAGAAGGCCCAGAUGAAUUAUUCACACUUGUUCCAUCUAGACCAUUCUUUCCUAGAGGGUUCUAUUGGGACGAAGGAUUCCAUUUACUCCCUCUUUUGAAAUAUGACCUGGACUUGGCACUUGAAAUAAUCAAAUCUUGGUUUGAAAGAGUGGAUGAAAACGGUUGGAUCGCUAGAGAACAAAUCUUAGGACCUGAACUGAGAUCUAGAGUACCAGAAAAGUUUCAAACUCAAAGUCCUGAAAUUGUCAACCCACCAACUAUUAUGAUGGCCCUUUCAUAUAUCCUUGAGAAUUUGGGCACUGAUGUAGAGUUUGGAGACUUGGAAGAACCAAAAGAAGUUAAGGAAUACUCUAACGAUGCACUUGGUCUGAUUUACCUUGACAAUCCAACUUUAUUAUUCAACUAUACUAAAGAACUCUAUCCGAAAUUUAAAUCUCACUUUGAAAUGUUCCGUCGUACUCAAAAGGGAUACGUGGAAGAUUUUGAUAGAGAUGGAAUUUCUGAAGCUUAUCGUUGGAGGGGACGUACCAUCACCCAUUGCCUUGCCAGUGGAUUAGACGAUUAUCCAAGGCCACUUCCAGCUGAUAUUGCUGAAUUGAAUGUUGAUUUACUCUCUUGGGUUGGUGUCAUGACCAAAUCUAUGAAGCUGAUGGCUAAAAUCCUUGGUGAAAAUGAAGAUUUGGCUGACUUUGAAAAGAUUGAAGAAGAAAUCAUUGAAAAUCUUGAGCUGAUUCAUUGGUCUGAAAAUGAAAAGACAUAUUGUGAUGUUUCUGUAGAUGAAAAUGAUGAAAACAUGCAUUAUUGUUUCAAGGGUUACAUAUCUCUUUUCCCCUUCAUCACUAAGCUUAUUCCAACUACUCAAGUGGAUAAAAUUGAACAUAUUGUGGAUAUGUUAAAAGAUCCUGAACAAUUGUGGUCUCCAUAUGGAAUCAGAUCAUUAUCUAAAUCUGAUGAAAAGUACAGAACUGCAGAAAAUUACUGGAGAUCUCCAAUUUGGCUCAAUAUUAACUAUCUUGUUCUUGAAGCAUUGGUACACUAUAAACAAGAAUCUGCACCACAUAUGAGCUCAGAUGUUGCAGAAAAACUUGCUCUUGCUUAUAGUGAACUUCGUGUUAAUUUAGUAGAAAAUGUUUACAGCCAAUGGGAUAAAACUGGGUUUGUCUGGGAGCAAUACGAUGACAUUACAGGAGAAGCGAAGGGUGCAAAGAACUUUUUGGGUUGGACAUCUACUGUUCUUCUUAUCAUGAAAAUGCCAACCGAUAUUUAA